ACCGAACAUGAUGAGGCCCCCCCUAUACUUAUGUUUGUAACAUUAUUCUGAGGAUCAGUCGAUUGGCGUGAACGAGUUGGGACGGACUUAGAUUUUGGUGAUUGACUUGCAGAACUCCGGUAGUGAACACGGUUUAGAACGGAUAUCAAGUCGCGAUCGCGAGUGCUCCCAUCGAAGAUUUACAAUGUCCUUAAAGUUUACCGAAGAAAAUAUUCCUUACGUCGAUCUGGGCGAUGGCUACCGAAUUUGCCUUCAGGAUAACCGUUGUUCGCACGGGGCAGAAGUCGAGAAACAAGCCCGACUGAAUAUUAACGAAACGCCGGAAAAUGAGAAACGUGGACUGGAGGAAAUGCGACGCCUUAUAGCAACGGAUCCGCAUCUUUACCUAGCUGAUGAUGCAGAUUGGUACUUGAAGGUUUAUCUGCGUGUCGCCAAAUAUGACGCGAAGGAAGCUUUCAGCAUACUUCAGACCAAUUUGAAACUGAAGUCUAAAAAUCCGGAAUAUUUCGUUAGUUCGGCUUCCGUGCGCCAUGUCUUCGAGGAGGGUCUAGUGUGGGUGUUGCCGGAGCGGAAUCACGAUGGGUCUAUCAUCGUGGUGAUUGAGUGUGGGAAGCGCUGGAACCCCUCCAAGGCGUCGGUCGUCGAUUUGAACGCCGCAGUCACUGUAGUAUUCGCAGUGCUCACUACCAGCGUGGAGGCCCAACUGCACGGUUGCAUUCUGCUGUUCGACGUCGAUGGCCUCUCCAUGUCGCACAUUAUGCAAUUUACGCCCAAAUCGACCGGCAUCAUGUUGACGCUGAUCGAAAAAUGCUCCCCCAUUCGAGUGCUCACGACGCAAACAAUCAAUACCGGUGCGAUCUACAACUUCCUGUAUGCCAUCAUAAAACCACUGCAGACGAAACGAAUGCGUGAAAUGACGGUACUCCAUGGUCGCAAUCUGGAAACCCUCGGCAAAUAUAUCAGCCCGGAGAUUUUACCCCCGCGGUUUGGCGGUACCUCAAAAGCACCUCUCUGCGAGGGUAAGCUGUUUGCCGAGCUAAUGAUGCAGUAUGAUAGCUGGAUUGAGAAGACCCUGCUUCCGUUCGGAUACACGCGAAAGAACAGCAUCAGCUCCUAAUCGGGCUCCAGUGAUCUAGGUUCAUUUAGUCUGUAAGUUUAGAGCAUCGAUAAGAGCGACAAUAAAAUUGUUGAAGGUUCAAA